UAUAAUAUUAGUACAUACACCAUGGCGGAAUCAGGUACCGGCAUUCAAGAACUCAUGGCUGCGGAAACGCGUGCCUCGCAGAUUGUUGCGGAAGCUCGUAUCGGCCGUGGGGACCGCAUGAAACAGGCCAAAGUCGAAGCCCAACAAUUGAUCGAUUCGUACCGAGCGGAGAAGCAGGAAGAGUUCAACAACAUGGCCUUGAGUCAGGGCGGUUCGGAAGGCAACGCCGCGGCAGCCCUCCAGGCCGAAACCAACAAGGAAGUCCAGGCCAUGGAAGGUCUCUUCCAAAAGAAUGUCCAGGGAGCCGUCGACGUGCUGCUCAGCAAGUGCUGCGAAGUGUCGUUGGAAGUACCGACCGCUCGAGUCCGUGCCACGCAAAAGAUGGCCGGGACGGUCUAAACAGUAAGGGUUAUUAGUAAAAUGUCCUUUGUUUUCGUGAGCCGAAGAGUCCCUGGUGUGCCCUUUGGGUAUUUCGAGUGCGGGUAGAUUGACCGUGUACGAUACUCUACAGGUUACAUUGUACUGGACGUGGAGGACGUAAAAGCAUAACAACAACAACA